AUGGAGGUGAGCUCGGCCCGGCGGCCGCACCGCGGGAUCCCGGCCUUGUCCGGUGGAGGCGAGGAUGCCCCGGUCCUCAUCCUCACUCACUUCGCCCGGACUCCGUACGUCUGCUUCAACAGCGUGAGGAUCGGCAGCUCCAAGACGGAGACCUUGGCAAUCGAGAAUCCCGAGACCGUCCCGGUUUGGGUGACGAUCGACAAGUUUCCCAGCUCCAAGGGGUUUACAGUCAGCGAACGGGAAUUCAUGGUUGAGCCAGCAGAAAAAUAUUACCUUUCCAUAACUUGGACACCGGUAGACAUUGGAGGGGUACGAGAAACUGUGACAUUCAAUGUUGGCUGUGUGAAAGUUCUUUGCAUUCUUCUGGGAAAGGCAGAGGAUGCACCCAAAAAAAAGCGAAGCCUGUGGGAAUCAAUAAAAAGAAAGGAAGGUUCUGGUCUUUUCAAACCAAAAAGAAGUGCAUCGAUUGCCAGCAAAACCAUCAUCAUAUCACAAAAGGUGGAUAUUAUGAAAACAGGGAAACCUCGCAGUCCUCUUCAAUCAUGUGAAAAUCUGAGUCCAGUUGGAGAUAGAGUUCCUCCUCUUCAUCACCCUUCAGCAUUUCAUGGUCAUGAGAUACUGCAAUUAUCUCCUAUAUUACCACCAGGUCAAGUAAAGGAAGAAUUUGAAAAUUGUACACCGCCUUCGCUUAAACGUUCUACUACUUAUUCUGUCCUUCAAAGUAAUGGAAUAAUAAUGCAAAAUGAGACGAGGCUGGAUGAUGACAAAAAGCCUAAUGAAUUGUGUACAGUUGAGACUUUUGUGGAACCUGGAGUGAACUUGAUAUGCCAACCAGGGAAAGAAUUUGCUAUCCAGACACCAUCAAAUUUGCCUUGUAUUUCUGCUCCUCAUACUCCUAUUAAUGGGCGUCGGAUCUUAAGCCCUGAUUCUUUCGUAAAUGACAGUUAUGUUCCUGAGGGAGACCCUGAAGUAAUUGCUGAGUUGGUGCUAUCACCAGAUCAGUUUUUGAAGGAUGCAUUAGAAACUAUGAAUCAGUCUUUACCAAGUGUAAGUCAAGUACAGGCUGUUGAAACAACCUCAAACAAAAUUGCAUUGCAGUCGGGAAAUUCUUCAAAACAGAAGAGAAGUAAUGAGAGGUUGGGCUUAGUGGGGACACAUGGAUCAUCCAGGCCAGAGAAGGGUUCUCCCCCUGCUAUAAAUAUGGAAGAACUGGGACCACUUAAGUCAAGGUUAACUUUUUUUGUGUCGUCAAAAACGUCUAAUGGCCAUCAGAGUGCACAGCCACCUAAACAGCACUCACAUCACUCUGCUGCUCAAACCAAAUUACUCCCUGUCUACACCACUACAACAACCAAAAGUAACUCUGUAAGACCUCCUGAAUUUGAGAGAAAGGUUAAGCUAUCAAGGAAGAAAGUUAUUGAAGUCAACACUAAUUCCAGUUCACAUUUUGUUGGUAUUGUACAUACUGAUGCUGAAAACAGAAAUCCAAGUCUCGCUAACCAACAAUCCUUUUCUGGCAGAAAAAGAAAAAGUUCUGAGUUCUUGUCAGAUGCACAUGAAAAGGACAUUAUUACUAACAAAAGAAAGUCUGUACAAGUGGAAAAACUAAGUAGAAAAUCAAAUCAUAAAAAAUAUCAUUCAAUUGGAGGAAGACCACUCCAGAAGAGGAUAUCUGUUUCUCAUGUUCAGGCCUCUGUUACUGCUCAAGUAAAGCCUGGAAAGCUUAUGCCUGGAGUUGCUCAGUCGCAAUUUGCUUUUAGGAAAUUAAUCAAAACAGUUAUUCCUAGACAUCCAAACCCAUUUUCUACAGGAAACAUGUAUUAUGAUGAACAAUGGAAAGAGAAGCAGGAAAGAGGUUUCACCUGGUGGCUGAAUUUCAUUCUUACUCCUGAUGACUUUACAGUGAAUACAGAGUCCUCCAGAGUAAAUACUGCUACGCUGUUUAUGGGUUCUGAGACACAGCACCACAAAAUUAGUGUCCCUGCAGCACCAACCAAUGAAGAAAUGUCACUGAAAGCAUACACUGCAAAAUGUAGACUUAAUCGUCUUCGCCGUGCAGCCUGCAGACUAUUUGCAUCUGAAGGGAUGGUUAAAGUUAUACAUAAGUUGGAAGCAGCCAUUGAAGCUAAACAUCUGGUUGUGCGGAAAGACCGAUAUCUCUGGAAAGACGUUGGAGAGCGACAGAAGAUCCUAAAGUGGCUUUUGUCAUAUAAUCCUCUAUGGUUGCGUAUAGGGCUGGAGUGUGUAUUUGGUGAACUGAUUCCAUUGGAAAGCAACAGCGAUGUGAUUGGCUUAGCUAGAUUUAUUUUAAAUCGCCUACUUUGGAAUUCUGAUAUAACUGCAGCAUUUCGACAUCCGACUGUGCCACAUUUAUAUCGUGACGAGCACCAGGAGGUUUUGGCACAAUUUACACUGAAGAAGUUUCUGCUUUUGGUUUGGUUUCUUGAUUGUGCCAAACAGUCUAGGUUGAUAGAUCAUGAUCCAUGCCUUUUCUGCAAAGAUGCAGAGUUUAAGACAAGCAAAGAUCUGCUACUUGCCUUCUCUAGAGACUUUCUCAGUGGUGAAGGAGAUAUUUCUCGUCAUCUUGGUUACUUUGGGUUGACUGUUAGCCAUUUUCAGACACCUCUCCAUGAAUUUAAUUUUGCUGUCACCAAUAUAGCUGUCGAUCUUCGAUGUGGUAUUCGUUUGGUACGAGCAGUGGAGCUUCUCACACGAAACUGGAAACUGUCAAAGCAGCUAAGAGUCCCAGCGAUUAGCCGUCUUCAAAAACUGCACAAUGUGGAUGUUGCAUUAAAUGCCCUUAAAACUCGAGGAGCUGACCUGAGAGACGAACACGACAACGUAAUAGAUUCGAGAGAUAUUGUUGAUGGACAUAGAGAAAAAACCUUAUCAUUGUUGUGGGGAAUCAUCUUUGCGUUUCAGGUGGAGAUUUUGCUGAAUGAAGAACAGUUACAAGAAGAAAUUGAAUUCUUGCAAAAAACUUUGCGCACACGCCAUAAACUGGCAGCCUUGCGUUCUGUGCCUGUACAGUCCCACUCAUUAAAAGAUCAAAACCUCAAAGAUAUACCUGAAAAAUACAGCCCAAGAAUCAAGUUGCUAAUGAAUUGGAUUAAUGCUGUUUGUAGAUAUUAUGGUGUCAAAAUUGAGAACUUCACAGUAGCCUUUUCUGAUGGCAGGGUUUUAUGUUACCUUGUCCAUCACUAUCAUCCUGGUCUUCUUGCUGCAGAUGAAAUCUGUUCGCGAACACUACAGACGGUAGAAUGUGCACAUCGUGGUACAGUGGCAAUUGAUACAUCAACCAGUGAUUCUGAUGAAAGCUCUAUUGAUGUCAUCCCCACAAACCUCAAUGAGUCUGCUUCUUCAUCAAGUAGACUCUAUGAAGAACUUUUGGAGAAUGAAAAGAAGAAUUUUAAUUUGGUGACUACUGCUGUUGCGAAACUUGGAGGUGUUCCAGCAAUGAUCCGACAAAUAGAUAUGUCAAAUACUAUCCCAGAUGAGAAGGUUGUCAUUGCGUAUGUUUCAUUUCUUUGUGCUCGUCUACUGGACCUUCGAAAUGAAACAAGAGCUGCCAGGAUCAUACAGGCUGCUUGGAGGAAGUACAAGUUAAAUCGUGAGCUUCAACUUUUACAGGAAAAAGUUCAAGCUGCCUGUGUCAUUCAAGCAGCUGUGCGUAAGUUCCUCUGUCGACAGCACGUUAAGAAGGAAACAAAUGCUGCUCUCGUUAUACAAAAGCAUUGGCGUGGUCAUGUGGCAAGGAAGAAAGCUCAGACAAUGAUGAUGACAAAGAUGCAAGCAGUGCAGAAUGAAGCGGCAACACUUCUUCAGGCCUAUUGGCGAAGAUAUGCUGCUAGAAGACAGCUUCAGCGAACACAGCACUCCUGUAUUCUCAUACAAAGCUACAUAAGAAUGAAAAUUGCAGUCACCACUUAUAAACGUACAAUAAGGGCUAUUAUUACACUUCAGCGGCAUUUCAGAGCACAUCAGUUAGCUUUAACUGAGCGGAGGAAUUAUUUAAAACUCAAACAAUCAGCUGUUAUAAUACAGUCUGCAUUUAGAAGAUGGAAAGCUCGGAAACUCAAAGAGCAGGCCAAGGCUUCAGUAUUACUCCAGAAAUACAUAAAGGGUUUUCUCUGUCGAUAUAAAUACAAAAGAUUUCAACGAUCCAUAUUCAUGUUGCAAACUUGUGCUAAAGGAUAUCUAGUAAGAAGUGAAAUUAGGAAGAGGAAGAAAGCUGUUCUUACGCUGCAGAAGCACAUAAAGGCAUAUGUGACAGGAAAGCAUGAAUAUGUUUCUUAUCAGAAAUUGAAAUGGGCUGCAGUAGUAUUUCAAUCUGCUUAUCGUGGCAUACAAGCAAGAAAGCUUUUUUGCCAAACAAAGUCAGCUUUAGUAAUCCAAUCUGUUUUUAGAAUGUAUCGGCAGCGAAAGAAGUACAUUGCCAUUCGGAAAAUGGUCAUCACAAUGCAGACUUUAGUAAGAGUGCGGUUAGCUCAGAUUAGGUUCCGAAAAUAUCGUCAAGCUGCCAUUAAUUUGCAGAGGCGGUUCAGAGCCAAACAACAGGGGUGGAAGGAGAUGCAGCAUUACCGAAAACUUAGACAGGCAGCUGUAAAGGUCCAGGUGGCUUUUCGGAGAUGGCAAGCUCAAAAAAAGAUUAGAGAAAAUGAAGCUGCAGUUAAAAUACAGUCAUGGUAUCAAAUGUGUAGAGAAAAACAAAAGUAUUUACGUCAAAAAGAAAGUUGUAUAAGAAUACAGUCAUGGUAUAGAUGCUGCAUUGCUCAACGUGCUUUCUGGACUAUCAAAAUUGCAGUGCUAGUCAUUCAGAAAUAUUACAGAGCUUACAAAGCAAGAAAAGCUCAAAAUAAGAAGCAUAUAUUGAUGCUCAAGGCAGCAAUAACAAUACAAGCUCAUUUUCAUGGUAUGAAGGCUCGAAGAUUUGCCAGAAAAUUGAAAGCUGCAUGUGUUAUUCAGUCAUAUUGGCAAAUGAGAAAAGAAAGAUUUAAGUUUUUACAAAGCAGACAAUGUGCAAUUACGAUUCAGGCCCAUGUGAGAAAAUGGCAAGCUCGGCGAAGAUAUUGUUCAAUGAAAAUGGCCGCUUGUAUUAUACAAACCCAUUUCAGAGCAAUUGCAGCUCAAAAAAAAGUUCAGUCUGAGUACAACGCAUUAAGGUCUGCAGCUAUUGUCUUACAAUCCGCAUACAGAGGGCUUCAAGCACGAAGACUGUUUUGGCUUUUACGGUCAAUUGUAAAGAUACAAUCUACUUUCCGAGGAUAUGCGUCACGAAAAACGUUCAUGAAAAUUAAAAACGCUGCCAUCAAAAUUCAGGCCUCUGUGAAAAUGAUGCAAGUACAAAAAUAUUACAGAUCUCUUAAAAAGUCUACACUGUAUAUUCAGAGACAUUACCGGGCUAAAAGACUUGGUUUGGAGACGCGAAAAGAGUAUCUGAAGAAAAGGGAAGCUUGUGUACGUCUUCAGUGUGCUGUUAGAUUGUACUUAAUGCAGCAACAAUUACGUUUGUGGAGGGAAUCUGCUAUUAAAAUUCAGUCCAUGUUCAGAAUGCACAGACAAAGGAAGCAGUAUCUUAAGAUCCAUUAUGCUGUCGUCAUAAUUCAAAGAAGAUUUCGUGCCUACAGUGAAGGGGUUUGUCAAAGACAGAAUUUCAUAAGAAUCAAAGAAGCCAUAAUAUGUUUACAGGCAGUAUACAAAGGUUACAGUGUGCGCAAAAUGAUUAACCUUCAACAUAAAGCAGCCUCCAAAAUCCAGGCAGCUUUCAGAGGGCACGCAUCAAGGGUCAAGUACUUGGCAAUGCAAAAUGCAGCCAUUGCAAUUCAGAGAUGGUAUAGGAGUUCCAAAGUUGGGCAGCAGCAGCGAGUUGAGUACCUUAAUAUUAGGACAGCAGUGAUUAUUAUUCAAGCGGCAUUUCGUGGAAUGGCUACAAGGGAAAAUUUAAAAGUGCAAUAUAAGGCUGCAGUGACCAUUCAGACUGCUUUCCGGAAAUUUCGAGCCCAGCAUCAGUUUGCAAUGUUAAAGAAUGCCACUUUAACCGUUCAACGUCGUUUUAAGGCAAAGAUCAUGGGGAGAAAAGAACGUCAAAAAUACCUGAGAAUGUGCCAAUCAGCAAUAAUAAUUCAAGCAACUUAUAAGGGUAUGAUUGCAAGAAAAGAAUACAGUAGAAAAUGGCAAGCUUGUAUUAUGAUACAGUCUUAUUUCAGAAUGCACAAAAUGUAUGCAAAUUUUCAGGCUAAGAGAUGUGCAGCUUUAGUAAUACAGAAUCGAUUCAGGGCACAUGUACAAAGAAAAUGUCAACGUCAAAAAUAUCAAAAGGUAAGGACUGCUGCCAUAUUGUUGCAAGCUUCAUUUCGUGGAAUGAAAAGCCGGAAAAGAAUGAAAGAAAUUCACAAAGCUGCUACAAUUAUCCAAGCUGCAGCUCGAUCUUUCUCAACCCGGAAGCAUUACACUACCCUGAGAGCCGCUUCAGUUUUACUGCAAAGGCAAUUCAGAGCUUCGGCACUGAGCAGAAAGCAGCGGGGAAUCUAUUUAUCUAUCCGUGGCGCAACCUUAACUAUACAAGCUGCUUAUAGAGGCAUGAAGGUUAGGCAAGAGAUUCGGCGCAGGAACAAGGCAGCUACAAUAAUACAAUCUGCAUUUAGGAUGCACAGAGUGUGCCUUCCAUACCAGGCCUUGAGGCUGGCUACUAUCAUCAUACAAACCCAUUUUCGAGCUCACCUUCAAGCGAAAACCUAUCAUGACAGUUAUUUGAAGCUUCGCAACAGUGUUCUGCUCAUUCAGGCUGCGUACCGAGGAACGAUUGUUCGACAGCAUUUGAGGAGCAUGCAUAAAUAUGCGACGUUAAUACAGAGUUAUUAUCGAAUGCACAAGGAACAACAAUGUUACAAGAGACUUUGCUGGGCGGCCAUAGCUGUACAGAGAAGAUUCCGAGCUUGCAAAGUUAGAGAUGCCUGUGUGAAAAGCUAUCAUGAUGUGAAGAGAGCAACUGUUCAUAUUCAGGCUGGUUUCCGAGGUAUGAAAGCAAGGCAAGAAGUUAGGCGAAUUUGUCAAGCUGCAGUAAUUAUCCAGAGGAGAUUUCGUGCCUACAAUGACAGAAAAAAGUAUCUGUAUCUUAAAACUGCCACUAUAGUCAUCCAACAGCGGUACCGUGCACGCCGGCUUACUCAGAUUCAACAAAAUAAUUACUCCGCUAUUCGUAAUGCAACCGUAUCCAUACAAGCCGCUUACAGGGGUAUGAAAGCACGUCGAGAGAUACAGUGCAAGCACAAGGCAGCUACAGUCAUACAGGCUACGUUUAGGAUGCACAGGAUAUGUCUUCCAUACAGGGCAUUGAAAGUGGCUGCUACAAUCAUUCAAAUCUAUUAUCGAGCUCACCUUCAAAUGAAAACAGAUCAUGACAAUUAUAUGAAGCUUCGCAACAGUGUUAUGCUUAUUCAGGCUGCAUACCGAGGAAUGAUUGUUCGACAGCAUUUGAGGAGCAUGCAUAAAUCUGCAACGUUAAUACAGAAUUAUUAUCGAAUGCACAAGGAACGACAAUGUUACAAGAGACUUUGCUGGGCGGCCAUAGCUGUACAGAGAAGAUUCCGAGCUUGCAAAGUUAGAGAUGCCUGUGUGAAAUGCUAUCAUGAUGUGAAGAGAGCAACUGUUCAUAUUCAGGCUGGUUUCCGAGGUAUGAGAGCAAGGCAAGAAAUUAGGCGAAUUUGUCAAGCUGCAGUAAUUAUCCAGAGAAGAUUUCACGUCUAUAAUGACAGAAAAAAGUAUCUGUCUCUUAAAACUGCCGCUAUUGUCAUCCAACAGCGGUACCGUGCACACCUGCUUACUCGGAUUCAACAAAAUAAUUACUCCGCUAUUCGCAAUGCAACCGUAUCCAUACAAGCCGGUUACAGGGGUAUGAAAGCACGUCGAGAGAUACAGUGCAAGCACAGGGCAGCUACAGUCAUACAGGCUACGUUUAGGAUGCACAGGAUAUGUCUUCCAUACAGGGCAUUGAAAGUAGCUGCUACAAUCAUUCAAACCCAUUAUCGAGCUCACCUCCAAAUGAAAACAGAUUGUGCCAAUUAUAUAAAGCUUCGCAACAGUGUUAUGCUUAUUCAGGCUGCAUACCGAGGAAUGAUUGUUCGACAGCAUUUGAGAGGCAUGCAUAGCACAGUAGCCAUAGACCUUCAAGAUACAAGGUGUAGACCUCCAGCUGGUCCUACCUUGACGCUUCCUUCAGAUGGAGCUAAAGAAAGCAGAAGGCCCAGCAUUGCACCUGUUUUAGAAGUAGCUGAUGUUUCAUCGAUCCAAGCCUGUGACCUUCUGAGUGACCACUCGGAGGACGAAGCCAAUCAUUCUGAUGAUGAACUAUCAUCAGCACCAGAGUACGUUAAAGGAUACCCUCCAAACUCGCCUUACAUUGGAAGCUCUCCAACCUUGUGCCACCUACAGCAGGAGAAAGUCCCAUUCUGCUGUCUUAGAUUAGACAAGGGGUGCCAACAUAAUUACAGUGAAGAUGCAAAAGCAUAUGGUUUCCGGAACAAGCUAAUCAUUGUUUCAGCAGAAACAGCUGGAAAUGGAUUGUACAAUUUUAUUGUUCCUCUUAGAGCUUACUACAGACCAAAGAAAGAGUUAAAUCCCAUAGUAUUGCUUCUGGAUAAUCCGUAA